UGACAGGUUGGUAGCCAAUCAGAAAAGAGAUUAGAGAAGGAGCUCCUGCGUGUAUUGUGAACGCGAAGCCCGGACUGUUGGAGGCACAUCAGUGAAUGCCAGCCAAAGAGGGGCCGUCUGUCGCCCAUGCAACUUUAAGGAACCUGGAAUUGAAAAUACCCUCCUUAUAAGUCAGAUGAAAUGGAUUAGACCUUUGGAUCUGUUUUUGAAAGUUUGUAAAGUUUCAUAAGGAGAGAACUGGUCAUCAGAACUGAAAGAUUUUUAUCCAGCACACUUUUUGGACUUGAUAUUGCAGCUUUUUUUAAAUUGUCUUUUUUUUUCUUUGCUUUUUUUGCUUAUUUAUUAAUAAUUUCACAACUGCAAUCAUGGGAGCAGCAGGUUAUGGAUAUUUCCGCACAGUUAUAUUCAUCUCAAUGUUUGUGGGCUACAUGCUCUAUUACUUCAACCGAAAGACUUUCUCCUUUCUGAUGCCAUCAGUGAUGGAGGAGAUCGAUCUGGAUAAAGAAGAACUUGGGCUGAUCACCAGCAGCCAGACUCUGGCCUAUGCUAUCAGUAAGUUUAUCAGCGGAGUGCUUUCGGACCAGAUCAGUGCUCGCUGGCUCUUCUCCAUCGGGCUCUUCAUUGUGGGCGCCAUAAACAUUGCCUUUUCCUGGUCAUCCACUGUCAUGAUGUUUACCGUGCUUUGGUUUGUGAACGGGUUUGGUCAGGGUUUCGGCUGGCCACCAUGUGGAAAGGUGCUUAGGAAGUGGUUUGAACCAUCUCAGUUUGGGACGUGGUGGGCCAUCCUGUGCUGCAGUAUGAAUCUGGCAGGUAGUCUGGGACCCAUCAUCACUACAGUGUUGGUUCAGUACUAUAAUUGGAGACUCAUCAUGUCCAUGUCUGGGGUGAUCUGCAUGACUGUCUCUGUCGUCUGCCUUCUGACGGUAAAGAACGAACCCAGUGAUGUGGGGUUGCCCAAUAUUGAGCCUGGCGCUAAAAAGGGCAAAGGAAAAAAAGGAGGCCCUAAUGAUGAAAGCAGUCUAAAAGAGUUCCUGCUGUCUCCUUAUCUUUGGGUGCUAUCUGCUGGCUACCUGGUUGUGUUUGGAGUAAAGAUCGCCUGCACUGACUGGGGUCAGCUGUUCCUCAUGCAGGAAAAAGGCCAGUCUGCAUUGAUGGGCAGCUCGUACAUGAGUGCCCUGGAAGUUGGUGGGUUUUUUGGCAGCAUUGGAGCUGGUUAUCUGUCUGACAAGGCUGUGGCUAGGCAAGGGCUGGGUACCUAUGGUAAUCCUCGCCAUGGGUUACUCCUGAUGAUGAUGGCAGGCAUGGCUGUGUCCAUGUACCUCUUCCGGGUUACCAUCACACCAGAGACCCCAGAGGAAGCUCCACUAUGGGUUUUGGCACUCCAUCCAGUUUCAGUCUUCACUGGUGUCUCAGAGAAAGAGCUUUGGAUUUUGAUUCUUGGUGCUGCAUUUGGAUUUUCCUCAUAUGGACCAAUUGCCUUGUUUGGGGUGAUUGCGAGUGAAAGCGCCCCCUCCAAUUUCUGUGGGACAUCACAUGCCAUUGUAGCUCUGAUGGCAAAUGUUGGUGCAUUCAUUGCUGGCCUGCCAUUCAGCACCAUUGCCAAACGGUACAGCUGGGACACAGCAUUCUGGGUAGCAGAGGUCACCUGCGCUGUAACAACAGUUUGUUUCUUCUUUGUGCGUAACAUGCGCACAAAAAUGGGCCAUGUGGCUAAAAAGAUGGACUAAUCCACCUAUUAAAUAUGAUCAUAUCAGAGAGCCCAGCCAAUGUGACAGCACUCAGUUAGGACAUCUGUACUUAAAGGGAUAGUCCACCCAAAAAUUAAACAUUCUGUCAUUAUUUACUCAUCCUCAUGUCUUUCUAAACUUGUGGAACACAAAAUAAGAUAUUUUGAAGAAUUUGUGCUAACCAAACAGUUUCGUUUUCCAUUGAAUUUUUUGUCCAUACUAAGAAAGUUUGGAACGACAUGAGGGUGAGUAAAUUAUAACAGAUUUUUCAUUUUUCUUUUGACUGUCCUUUUAAGGAACUGCUUUAAUGUCAGUGCUACUGUUUUAACUUACAUUUACAUUUUUUUCUUAAGCUUAUUCCUCAGCAAUAUCAUAACAUUCACACACUUCAGAGACUAAGGGUCUCCACUGUACAUCUUUCAGAAGAACAGAAUUUGUAUUACGGUAAGAACAGAAAUGUUUACACACUAGUAUAGAAAAUUGUUUACUUUCUUAGUAAAUAUUAACAUGAAUUGUUUCACCUGAAUGUUGUUUAACUUAUCACAAGCUUUUUUUUUGAGCUUGUUAAUUUUUUGAGUAACAACUUUAGAGCUUGAGUUAUGUGCUGAAUUGAGGAUCAUCUUUUUCCAGUCUACAGACUGUCUUACAUAGGCACACAUUGUUCUUUUGCACUUUAAAUACCUGUACUUUUGCCUUCAGUGUUACAUCAAAAAAUGUUUUUUUUUUAAAUAUGUACCCAAUUCAUGCUAAUUUAAUGCAAACAACAGUAUCCUUUAUGAUGUAUAAAGGUGUAAAAAUGUAGUAUAAAAGUUUAUUGUAACUAAGUUGUUGCUUAUGUGUCAUUUCACAUCAUUUUAAACAUUGGUCUUGAUAUUU